GGCGGCUCCCCCGGGACUCGGCCUCAGCGGCGAGGCGGCGGCGGCGGCGGCUGCGGAGGCGCGGGCAGCAGCUGAGGCGGCGGCGGGCUGAGGUGCAGCCGCUGAGUGAAGACAGUAGUCCAGAGAGGGAGGUGGAAAGCUACAGGAAGCUAAAGCUGUGUAUAUUUGUGGAUCAGACAAGUGCAGCAAGUUAAUAUCGUUGGCUUCUGAAGGGGAGAGUGAGGUGAUGGCUGCGUUUAAGUUGGAUUUCCUUCCAGAAAUGAUGGUGGAUCAUUGCUCUUUGAAUUCCAGUCCUGUCUCAAAGAAAAUGAACGGCACCCUGGACCACCCAGAUCAACCGGAUCUUGAUGCUAUCAAGAUGUUUGUGGGCCAGGUUCCAAGGACCUGGUCUGAGAAGGACUUGAGGGAACUGUUUGAACAGUAUGGUGCUGUCUAUGAAAUCAAUGUCCUAAGGGAUAGGAGCCAAAACCCUCCACAGAGCAAAGGGUGCUGUUUUGUUACAUUUUACACCCGAAAAGCUGCAUUAGAAGCUCAGAACGCUCUUCACAACAUGAAGGUCCUCCCAGGGAUGCAUCAUCCGAUACAGAUGAAGCCUGCCGACAGCGAGAAGAACAACGCAGUGGAAGACAGGAAGCUGUUUAUCGGGAUGAUAUCCAAGAAGUGCACUGAAAAUGACAUCCGAGUCAUGUUCUCUUCGUUUGGACAGAUUGAAGAAUGCCGGAUACUGAGGGGACCUGAUGGGUUGAGCCGAGGUUGUGCGUUUGUGACUUUCACAACAAGAGCCAUGGCACAGACAGCUAUCAAGGCGAUGCACCAAGCACAGACCAUGGAGGGUUGCUCCUCCCCCAUGGUGGUAAAAUUUGCUGAUACACAGAAGGACAAAGAACAGAAGAGAAUGGCCCAGCAGCUCCAGCAGCAGAUGCAGCAAAUCAGCGCAGCCUCUGUGUGGGGAAACCUGGCUGGUCUAAACACUCUCGGACCCCAGUAUUUAGCACUUUAUUUGCAGCUCCUUCAGCAGACUGCCUCCUCUGGGAACCUCAACACCCUGAGCAGCCUCCACCCGAUGGGAGGGUUAAAUGCAAUGCAGUUACAGAACCUGGCUGCACUGGCUGCCGCAGCUAGUGCAGCUCAGAACACACCCAGUGGUACCAGUGCUCUCACCACGUCCAGCAGUCCCCUCAGCGUACUCACCAGUUCAGCAGGGUCCUCACCGAGCUCCAGCAGCAGCAGCUCCGUCAACCCCAUCGCCUCCCUUGGAGCCCUGCAGACAUUAGCUGGAGCAACAGCAGGCCUCAACGUCAGCUCUUUGGCAGGUGAGGGCCAGUCCCUGGAAGUCAUCCAGUCACUCUGUGCAGGGAUGGCUGCUUUAAAUGGUGGCCUGGGCAGCAGCGGCCUUUCCAACGGCACCGGGAGCACCAUGGAGGCCCUCACACAGGCCUACUCGGGGAUCCAGCAGUACGCUGCCGCAGCACUCCCCACCCUGUACAACCAGAGCCUGCUGACACAGCAGAGUGUCGGCGCCGCUGGAAGCCAGAAGGAAGGUCCGGAAGGAGCCAACCUGUUCAUCUACCACCUGCCCCAGGAGUUCGGAGACCAGGACCUGCUGCAGAUGUUUAUGCCCUUCGGAAACGUCGUGUCUGCCAAGGUUUUUAUAGACAAGCAGACAAACCUGAGCAAGUGUUUCGGUUUUGUAAGUUACGACAAUCCUGUCUCGGCUCAGGCUGCCAUCCAGUCCAUGAACGGCUUUCAGAUCGGCAUGAAGCGGCUUAAAGUGCAGCUCAAACGUUCGAAGAACGACAGCAAGCCCUACUGAGCGUGCUCCCCUCUGAGACUGGAGUGAGAGGGUCUUCUGAUUCCUGCCGUUUGUUCAUCGUUGUGCCUAAAGCAUGUCGAUGUGGCGUCAAGUACAUCGUCCAAAUCCCUGUCUCUUCAGCUUCUCUGAUGCUUGAACUCUCACCUUUGACCUUGUGUUGACCUUUGAUGCUGAUGUGUAUUUUUAUUAUGUUUGUUUCUUUCUUUGUUUUUUCUUUUUUCUUUCCUUUUUUUUUUCUUUUGUGCUGCCAAAUUGGUUUUGCUAGAACGACUGCUGAAGGGGAAAUAUUUAAACUUGCAUUUGAAUAUAAAAAAAAUCUAUUUUUCUAGAACUUCAUAAGAUAACCACUUGAUUUUGUGAUUCCAAUUCUUUGUAAUUGUCUUCAGAGCAGCCCUACUAGCACAUACCGCGUGGUGUUUGUAUUUCUGUGAACACACAGCCAGUCCGCUUCUAGGCUUUGUUUCUUGGUGUGUUUAGUUUUAAAGACAACUUUGGAGUAAACAAUGAAAUAAAAGAUGUCACUAAAACCUUUGAGGCUCCUGAGCACAUUUUGCUGAUACAGUUUGUAGGGCUUGAGGAGACUGCAUGUGUUCCUAUUUUUGUUUUUUUCUGAGUUCGCAACUGCAGAAAGCCCCUGAACCCUUUUUCCUUUCUGACCACCGGCUGCAGCUGGGCCCAGGCAGCCCCCACCGCCUGUGGCCCUGCCGGGGAGCGCCCUUGUGGGGAGCCUGCGGGCCCCGCCCCCCCGGCCCCGCUGCGCCCACCCCACGCCUAUUCCUGCCGUCUCCACAGCAAAAUGUGAUGCUUCGGGUUUUUUCUGUUUUUGUAUUGUUUUUGUGUUUUUGUUUUGGAUUUUUCCCUUCCUACUAAGAUUGUGCCCAGAAACCCGAGCUCUGCGUGUUUCCUGCUGUUUCUUCACACCUCCGUGUUUAUCACCUCCACCUCUCUGUUUUCUAUAGUUUGUGCAAAAACUGACCGAUUUAAAAGGGUUUCAAAGAAGCUGUUUUAAAUUGUUGUGGGGUUGAUUUUCCCCGGGUUGUGCUGUUGUGUUCUGAAGCGGCAGCUUCCUCCUCUCUCGCCCUUAGAGCGCGCGCCUGUGCAUUUAGACUGUCUCCCCACCAGGCCUGCAGGCCUCGGGGGGCCUCCGGGGCCGGCUGCUCUGCUCAGAGACGGGUGGGAAGGGGGUCCAGAGAGGCACAGGAGCAGAGAGAGCACCCCGGGGCGGCUGUGGGCAGCAGGAGGCUGAGCGCACUUAGGGGCCCCGGGCCUCCCUCGCCCCCGGAGGCGGAGAGUGCCCUGAGCCUCUCAGAGGCGGGCCAUGCCUGCACCAGGCGCCAGUGCCCCUGCCAGCGUGCUGUGCAGCCCCCGGCCCCCGCCACCCCACUCUGGCUCUUCACUGCAGCUCUGCUCUUGCUUAGCUGUUGGGGUGGGGGUCGGGGCGGUUUUUUUGUGUUUAUUUUUUUUAACUGGGUGAAGAGCCAGAUAGCUACUGUCCCCGGGUGCCAGGCAAGCCCCGGUCCUUGGUUCCCUGAGGGGAGCCUGCCCUCCUCUCUUGGGGCACCAUCCAGCCUCAGGGUCUGCAGGGACUUGAGUGAGAAUGUGCAUGGUGAAGGGUGAGGCCAGAGGAGACGUGAGGUCGCAGGGUGGGUCUGUGGAGGUCAGAGGUUUGCAGGGGUGGCGUUUGGGAUAGCUUCCACCCAGGCCUGAGCGGCUGGUGGGCUGGUGGGUGAGUGAGCGAGCUGGGAAGCAGGGCUGUCCAGGGAGGGGCGGGGCGGGGAAGGUAGAACGCUGUCCGCGUCGUCCUCGCUGCAGGUGAUGAGGAAGGGUCUCGGCAGCGUCUCUGCCCCGGGACCGGGCAGGCAGCCUAGUGUUAGCUCGGGGGCCCCUUACCCAGAGGAGAGGGUGGCCAGGUGGAGGCCCAGUGGAUGGUAGGCUGCUUCAUUUCUUCAGAGGGGUGAGUGGAUGGAAGGAGGCCAGGAACCCCAGCCUGAGCGAGACCGCCGCGCACCCCACAGUCUGACUGCACAGAGCGGCCUCUGUGGGCAGAAGGCGCCGAGGCUCCCCUCCCUGUGUAUUCAGAACCCAUGUUUGCCAAUAUAUUUUGCUUUCAAUUCCAAGAGGAGCUCUGGGAAAACCUGUGGAUAAAACCAAAUGCCAAAUGUUGGACGUUGUUUCCUUUUCCUUUUUCUCUCUCUGAUUGUUUUAAUUGUUUUGUGGUGGUUUUAAUGGAUUUGAGACCCUGGAGCGGCAGCUGCCUUUCUGAUUUCCAGCUGCUUUUUGUGAAUAAUUUAAAAAGAAAAAAAAAAAGAAACUUUACAUUUUGGAGACAAACCUGUGUGAGUUUUUUAUUGGUACAAACGUUGUAUUUAACACUAGGGGUUUUGUACAGUUUUUUGCCUUUUCUACUAGAAAACAAUGUAAAGUGAUUUCACAAUGUGAAGAGAAAAAAUUGCCACUAUGACCAAACGCACAGUCUGUUCUGCAGCAACAACGGGAUUCAAUCAACUCAAAGUCGUGAUUCAGCCGUAGAAAUGCUUUUUCUUUACCUUGUUUGAGCUUUUCCUUUCUUUCCUGUUUUGAUUUGCAAAAGAAAAUGUCUUUUUUGUGUGAACUUGUGUUGUACUAUGUAGAAAAUUAUGGAUUUUACUUUAAUGGUUUAAAAAAAAAAAAAAGGCAAGAAGAGCCCCUGUAGCUUUUCUGACCUGAUCACAGAGUUUGUGUAGUGGAUUAAAAAAGAAAAAAAAAAUUGUUACAAGUUUGGAGCAAGGGAGUAUGUGUUUAAAAGGAAAUCUUCCUUUUUUGUGUGUUUUUCCUUUUGUCCCAAUGGGGAACCUAAAAUCUGUUUUAAUUGCACAGACACACGGACAAAAAGUCAUUUUGUAUCUGCCAAGUGUGGUACCUUCCUUUGUUUAUUUGCUAUUAAACUG